CUCCCUUGGAAUGGAGAGCGGACGAAGUAUUUUGGUUGAGAAAACGUUUACAGUAUGUACAGACAGUGUGUCAUGAAUAGUGCCUGAUGAUGUGAGUGUAUCCCCCAGAAUGGUGGAGAGUCACCUGCCAAGGAGCCAUUUUGAGUCCCUGCUGACCAAGAUGAACCAGGACCGCCAAGAGGGCCGGUUCUGCGACGUCCAGCUAACGGUCAGCAGCCGACAUAUUCCCGUCCACCGCAGCGUCCUGGCAGCCUGCAGCCCAUACUUCAGCGGAAUGUUCUCUGGAAACUUCCUUGAAUCUGACAAGGGGAUGACGACGGUGGACUUGAGUGAUGCUGUUGAUGAAAUGACCCACCUCGACACAGUCAUCAGUUCCUUGUAUUCCGGUCAGUUGCGUCUUGACCGUAGCAACAUUGCUCCUGUAACUCAACUCGUGUCCUUCCUAAUGAUCGAUUCCCUCAAGGAACUGUGUGUGCAGUACCUCAUGAAUGACAUCCAGCUUCAAACAUGCAUCAACUACUUUGUCCUGGCAGACAUGUAUGACAUUGAAGAAGUUGAAACUUACGCUUUUUCAAUUCUCGAAUCACGAUUUCAUGACUACUUCAUAUACCAAGAAGAGGUUUUGCAGGUGUCCCCCCACCAUCUAUGCAUCUUAUUUCAACGGAGUAUUCAUAGGUAUUGUGAUUCAAGUCAGAUCCUGAAGCUCUUGUUUUCGUGGGCAGCAUACAAAGAUGUCAGCAGACGUCUCUCCUCAGCCAAGGAACUUUUCCACAGCAUGUGUGUCGGUCUGGACGAGCAGGGACUCAAGGAGAUGGACUCCUGGCUAGAAGCUCACAAGGAUGAGUCAGUGACGGUAGCCAGAGACUUCAGUGAAAUCGUUAAAAGUGUUAUGACUGACCAAGAGAUGCAGGAUGACCCCGUCAAGACUCCUGACGACACUGGUGACUACUCCUUGCACAAUGGCGCUCAGAGUCUUGACCAAGACUGUAGUCAGUUUCCAGGCUCAACUAGUCUGCUAGUUCCAGAAGAUUCCAGCACCCCGGCAUCAAUUCCUCUCACACCGACAACUGUUGUCCCCAUUGAUCAUCAGCUGCCCAGUAGGCCAGCAGAAUCAACCAAUCAGAUGUCGGGCAGCUUUUCGGAUUGUGUGGUCGUCAUGGCACCAAGUCGGGAAGUUGUACAGAGCAUUCUCGAGGUAGACUUUGACCAGAAGAAGAUUCUGAGUUCAACAAGUCUUGAUGUCAGUUUCUAUAAAUCAGAACAAAAGAUCUGGCUCAGUCUCGGAACAGUCACCUUCCCAGGAAUCCUAGAUGAGAAGAGCAACUGGCGGACAUGUUGUUCACAUGAUAAGUUAUACUUCUUGAGCCCAAUCCGCGGAAGGGGCUACCAGUUUGAUCUAUCCAGCCGAUUGUGGCAGACCCUUGACUGCAGACCAGUCCUGGAAGGUCUAGAGGGGGAUGUCCGCAGUGUCAUUCCAUUGGCUGUUAACAACUCUCUCUACGUCCUGGCAUCCAAUCGUCUGUUGUCGGACACACGGGACCGUUAUCAGACUCAGCAGCGGUACUACCGUCUCACCGACCACCUGACAUGGGAACCAGUGGCGGAAGUGUCACAUGACCACUACAGCACUCCACUCUCGCUUAUAUCAGUCUCAGGAUCGAAGAUAUACGUUGUCAAAGCAGACAUCGCUGUAAAUGUUGCUAAGAACUUGCUGAUUAUCAAAGAAGGCCACACCUUUGACACCAGCACGAAUGCAAUCGAAAAAUUCUCAGCUGUCACCUAUGUGCCUUCUCCUGUGCGGGUGAUGGUGAGGGACGGGACUAUCUACAUCAUCGACGGUGAUGGAUGGAUGCGGGGGUACAACAAGGAGAAGAGCCAAUGGGAGUUCCCCAUUCAAGUCGAUCUGUCCGACAUCCGAUGGUGCCGGGCAUCCAGCAUCGAGGGCCACUUUCCGUGUCUGUCCCACGUGUCUGCGGGGCCGGGGGGUUGCGUCUGGGAGAUGUCCAGCUUUCAAAAUCACGCUACAGCACUUUUAGAAGUUGGAGUUGGUAACGGGGGAGGUCUACACACAAGGAUUCACAUCCCGCCUCCGUAUAAAUACUUUGCUCUUGCCACCGCUGGGAAAGUGUCCAACUCUGUUCUCAAAUGUCUCAGUCGAAGUCAUUUUGUGCAUGAUUAGAAUCAGAGUUUGCUGCUCAGUCCUCUGCUUGUCUGGCAUUCAUAUUGCAUAAGAUUGGCGAUGUGCAAUAAUUGUAUACAUGGUGCUGGAUGGUGUAUAUGCCUGUAUGGACUCUAGGGCUGGCUGGCGAUAUAGCUGAUAUCGACCAAUAAUCGUUAACUAAAAUAUCGAUGAUAAUCGAUAAAUAUCAGAGAUAUAACUUUGAGCGAAAAUGCGAAAAAUGUCAGAAAGAAAUGAAUAUGCAGUAUUUCACAUCAUUGGUGAGUGGUGACGUGUUUUUGCAAUGAUUUUUGUUAAAAAGCAUCCUUACAUAA